CAGCGCUUCAGUUUGCGCCCACGUUCAGUGUUUACGCUCCCACCUCUUAGAGACAGACCAAGGCCUUCUAACAACUACGCCGGUGCCACUUGCUCUGAAUCGACUAAGAAACGCCGGUCGUCUUCCCUCCAGAUUGCGCGUAUAGAAGACGAAGGAACUUGGGAAACCGAAAAUGCCCAAAGCAAACAAGCGCGACAGGUUUGCCGAACUGCGCGCUCUGCGGCAGGCGGGCAAGAAGAAGUUCGACACGUACGAAGUUGCCGAGGUCGAGGAUCUGUACGAGGAGGUUGACGAGAACCAAUACAAGAAGAUUGUGCGGGACCGCCUCAACCAGGAUGACUUUGUCGUUGACGACAACGGCGAAGGAUACGCGGACGACGGUCGUGAGGAGUGGGACCGCGUGCACGCAUACGAGUCCGAGAGCGAUGAUGCCGGGCCGGUGCGUGGGAAGGAGCGCAAGUCCAAGAAACAACAACGUGAGGAGGAGCAGGCAAAGAAAGACGCCAAUGACCGAGACAUCUCCGAGUACUUCACAAAGGGGGCAGCGAAAGUACAGCCGAAACCCAAGAUGAUCAAGACGGAAGAGGACGACAAGUUCCUUGAAGACCUCCUCGGCGAGGUCGACUCCAAUGUUCCCGUCCCGCUCCCCCGGGUGCCCAAAAAGAGAGACAGAUCGGUCGAGAGGAGAAGACCUCGCGCCUUAUCCCCGCCACGCGAAGGUCGACAGCCGGCCACCAAGAAAACAAGGAUGAUUGACGGCAGCGCAUCUGCGUCCUCUCCUCCUCCGAGUGAUGCCAUCAUGGCCGAAGACGACGACUUUGUGCCACCUGUGGAAGACGAGCCAGCGCCUGCUGCACCCCCUGAGGUAGUCAUGAGUGACCCGGCGCCGUCCUCACCGGCUGCGAAGGCGGCGGAGCGAAGGACGCAGCUCAAGGCCGACCCCGAGGACGAGGAAGAUGACGACAUGAUGGAAGUUGCCCAUACAGGCGCCGUUACCGUCAGCAGCGUCAACCUUUCUGCGUCGCGGCAGAUCAAGAAGAUCACCAAGCCGGAGCCAUUACCAACCCCGGCCACAUCGUCACCAGCCAAAGGGCCGGAGCCGGCCGUCGACGCAUCAGCAUGGAAUGGCAUCAACGAGAAGCUCAAUGUCGUAAGCAGCUCGCAGCCAGAGGCGAGGACUAUGGGCAAGAUUGACUACAAGGAUGCCGUCGAGGAGGACGGCAGCCUAAACCUGUUCUGGACGGACUACACCGAGGUGAACGGCAGUUUGUGUCUCUUCGGCAAGGUUCUUAACAAGAAGACGGGCCAGUACGUGAGCUGCUUUGUCAAAAUCGACAACAUCCUCCGGAAGCUCUACUUCCUGCCGCGCAAGCACCGGGUGCAGCACGGCGCCGAGACGACGGAGCAGGUCGAGAUGAUGGAUGUCUACAACGAAGUGGACGCCCUCAUGACCAAGAUGAACGUCAACAUGCACAAGAUCAAAGCGUGCACGCGGAAAUACGCCUUCGAGCUCCCCGGGAUCCCCACCGAGGCCCAGUACCUGAAGCUGUUCUACCCCUACACGAAGCCCGCUCUCGAGCUGGGCACCACGGGCGAGACGUUCUCGCAUGUCUUCGGGACCAACACGGCCCUGUUUGAGCAGUUCGUGCUCUGGAAGCGGAUCAAGGGCCCGUGCUGGCUGAAGAUCGAGGACGCCGACUUUGGUGCGCUGAAGAACGCGUCGCACUGCCGGCUCGAGGUCCUGGUUGAGCACCCCAACAUGGUCACCACGCUGACUGACGGCGACAGCGUCGACGCGCCUCCGCUGACCCUCAUGAGCAUUGCCAUGCGCACCAUGUUCAACGCCAGAGACAACAAGCAGGAGAUCCUGGCCAUCAGCGCCAGGAUCUACGAGGACGUUUCGCUCAGCGACACAACGCCGGCCGACAAGCUGCCGUGCCGGACGUUUACGCUCGUCCGGCCGCAGGGCGCCGCGUUCCCUUUUGGCUUCGAGAAGAUGGCCAAGGAACGGAAGAAGGGCCUGGUCAAAGCGAUGAAGCAGGAGUCGGACAUCCUGUCUUUCUUCCUGGCGCAGCUGGAUCUCGUCGAUCCGGACGUCAUCCUCGGGCACCAGCUGGAAGGCGUCGACUACAGCAUCCUGCUGAACCGUCUGUACGAGAAGAAGACGCACCAGUGGUCCCGUCUUGGGAGGCUGAGGCGGACUGCGUGGCCGGCGUCCAUCGGCAAGGUUGGCGGGAAUGUCUUUGCAGAACGGCAGAUCAUGGCCGGGCGCCUCCUGUGCGAUCUCGCCAACGACGCCGGCAAGUCCGUCAUGUUCAAGUGCCAGUCAUGGAGCCUGACCGAGAUGUGCAGCCUGUACCUCUCUGCAGACGCCCACCGGCGGGACGUCGACAACGAGCUGGCGCUCAAGACCUGGGCCUCGUCGAAGGAGGGCCUGAUGGACUACCUGUCCCACGCCGAGACGGACACGUACUUCAUUGCCGCCCUGGCUCUCCGGACGCAGAUCCUCCCCCUCACCAAGGUCCUCACGAACGUUGCGGGCAACUCGUGGGCCAGGACGCUGACGGGCACGCGCGCCGAGCGCAACGAGUACAUUCUGCUGCACGAGUUCCAUCGCAAGAAGUACAUCUGCCCGGACAAGCAGCCCUUCCGGGGGCGGGGGCGCGUCGACGAGGACCACCAGGGCGAAGACGACGGCGAGGGCAAGAAGAAGGACAAAUACAAGGGCGGUCUUGUCUUCGAGCCCAAGAAGGGGCUCUACGACAAGUUCGUCCUAGUCAUGGACUUCAACUCGCUGUACCCGUCCAUUAUCCAGGAGUUCAACAUCUGCUUCACCACUGUGGAUCGGACGUUUUUGUCCGACGAUGAAGAUGCUGUGCCCCAAAUCCCCGCCGAGCAGGAACUGGCCAUCCUGCCGCGGAUCAUCAAGGAGCUGGUCGAGCGGCGGAAGUCGGUCAAGCAGAUGAUGAAGAGCAGCAACGCGACACCAGAGGAGCUCGCGACGUGGGACAUCAAGCAGCUGGCGUACAAGCUGACGGCCAACUCCAUGUACGGCUGUCUCGGGUACACCAAGUCGCGCUUCUACGCGAGACCGCUCGCGGUGCUCACCACCUUCAAGGGCCGCGAGAUUCUCCGCAGCACCAAGGAGCUCGCCGAGAGCAUGUCGCUGCAGGUCAUCUACGGCGACACCGACUCCGUCAUGAUCAAUGCGAACGUGGACAACGUGAAAGACGCUCUGGAGGUCGGCAGCGCGUUCAAGCACGAAGUCAACCGGCGGUACAAGCGGCUCGAGAUCGACAUCGACAAUGUCUUCCGCCGCAUCCUCCUCCAGGCCAAGAAGAAGUACGCGGCCAUCAACAUGGUCGAGGUGGACGGCAAGUGGGUCGAGAAGAUGGAGGUCAAGGGUCUGGACAUGAAGCGGCGCGAGUACUGCCCGCUGUCGAGGGAGAUCUCGCAGCGCAUCCUCAACGAGAUCCUCUCUGGCGACGAGGCCGAGGUGGCCGUCCAGCGCAUCCACGAGUACCUGCGCGACAUCUCGGCCAAGAUGCGCGCGCAGGUCAUCCCGGCGCAGAAGUACAUCAUCCUCACGCAGCUGGGCAAGAACCCCAAGGAAUAUCCCAACGCGGACAGCAUGCCGCAGGUCCAGGUCGCCCUCCGCGAGAUGGCGCGCGGCAAGACGAUGCGCAAGGGCGACGUCGUCUCGUACAUCAUCACUGGCGACAGCAAGACCACCUCCGAGCCGGCCGCCAAGCGCGCCUACACGCCGCAGGACGUGCUCAAGGCCGACUCCGGCCUGGUCCCGGACGUGGAGUGGUACAUCGGCAAGCAGGUCUUCCCGCCGGUCGAGCGGCUGUGCGCCAACAUCGUCGGCACGUCCACCGCCCAACUAGCCGACAACCUGGGCUUGGAUGUGCGCCGCUACGCCAACAACAACACCUCGUCCAACUCCAGCAACAGCCGCGACCUCGAGAUCCACCCGCUCGAGUCUCAGAUCCCGGACGCGGUCCGCUUCCAGGACUGCGCCCGCCUCACCCUCCGCUGCCGCGCCUGCAAGACCACCGCUCCUUUCGAAGGGCUGCUCGGUUCCAGUCCCACUGACCGCAUCACCCCGUCGGGCGUGGUCUGCCCCUCCUGCCAUGCCAUACUCCCGAACCUCUCCAUCGUGGCGCAGGUCGAGGCCGCCGUGCGCACCCAGACGGCGCGCUACUACGAGGGGUGGCUCGUGUGCGACGACCCGAGCUGCGGGAACCGCACGCGGCAGAUGAGCGUGUACGGCAGCCGGUGCCUGGGCCCGAAAGGGCUGGGCAGGGACUGCGCGGGCCGCAUGCGCUACGAGUUCGGGGAAAGGGAUAUCUACAACCAGCUGCUGUACUUUGCCAGCCUGUUCGAUGUGGAUAAGGCGAAGGCGCUGGCUGCUAGUGGUACUACUGGUAGUGGUGCGGGCAGUGGUGAAGGAGGUGUCCCUCCUGGGGAGAUUCUGGCGCUGGCUGAGCACAACAGGGCGAGGUUCGCCACCGUCAAGGGCGUCGUGGAUAAGUACUUGGAUAAGUGUGGCCGGCAGUGGGUGGCUAUGGAUACGCUGUUCUCGAAGCUGGGGUUCGUGGUUGCUUAGCGUUCUUUGUAAGAGGGAUUGGGUCUUGUGGUACGUCCGGUUUCCAGGUCACUGGUGUUUAGCUUGCUUGCCUGCUCUUUUGUGUGUCCUGUUUGGCUGGGACGGCAGGGCAGGGCAGGGCAGGGUUUGGGAAUGGUUUCGAAACUAAGGACAUAAUGAUUAUUUUCAUGCCUCUUUUCUAUUCCAAAGCCAUUCGAGUCGACUGUUGUUGAGCAUAACGUACUGCGUCCAUCGAGAGGGAGAGCUCGAGUCUAAGCUGUCUGCCGCAAGUGAAUGGCACCUGAGCAUUAGGAUAUCAUAGUAUAUCGUAGAAUAGCAUACUUGUUUCUAGUAAUAUUU